AGAGUGAGCACCGACCGGAAGCGGCCCUGAGAGACGAACAUGGCGGCCGCCUGGGGCUUGCGCUGGGGCCUGCGCCGAGCUGGAACCUUGCUGCUCCGGCCGCCCGCGCGCAGUGCUCGCCGGGCUCUGCACAGACAGGGAGAGGGCACCGGAUUCCAGAGCAUCUACAGCCUGGACAAGCUCUAUCCCGAAUCCAAGGGCGCGGACACGGCCUGGAAGGUCCCGGAACAUGCGAAACAAGGCAGCAGUGACAUCCCUCUAGAUCGAUUGAGCAUUUCUUACUGUCGGAGUAGCGGUCCUGGGGGGCAGAACGUUAACAAAGUGAAUUCCAAGGCUGAAGUCAGGUUUCACUUGGCCAGUGCAGACUGGAUUGCUGAACCCGUGCGCCAGAAGAUUGCUCUCAAGCACAAAAACAAGAUCAACAAGGCAGGAGAGUUGGUACUCACCUCUGAGAGCAGUCGCUAUCAGUUCCGGAAUCUGGCAGAAUGCCUACAGAAAAUUCGAGACAUGAUUGCGGAGGCCAGCCAGGUGCCCAAGGAGCCAUCCAAAGAAGACGUCCAGCUCCAGAGGCUCAGGAUAGAAAACAUGAAUCGGGAGAGGCUGCGCCAGAAAAGAAUAAACUCUUCCAUAAAGAUGAGCAGGAGGGUUACUAUGGACUGAAGUCACCCCCACUGCUGGCAAAGACCGGGGUGCCAUGCGACUCUGCAGAGAGCUGCCACACCAGCCGAAGAGACUCUUCUCCAUAACUGGAGCCUUGCCAGAAUGUUCCUCAGGAGGGAAGGCCACAGGU